AUGGCAGCAAUAUUGUUUCUCUCUCUAAACUUGUUUUUCAGCUCCUUUGUUACUAUUACCUUAGCCUCUUCAUCUUCUUCACCCACUAUUGCUUCAGACCAGCUCAAAUUCUGGUCUGAAAAUGUCAAUAACAAAAUGCCAAAACCCAUCCUCAAUAAGCUGUCACCUUUGACCCAAAAAGACUCUGAUUAUUACAACAAUUUACUGUUUUCCAAAAACAGCAAAUUCUCGGCCGAUGCCAAAUUCUGCACACUCGCUAAACUCGCAUGCACCUCGUUCUUCGACGACGUCAAGCAAGUGAAGGAAACAUACACCACAGAGAAAACAUACGCCAAACUAUCUGCCGAUCUUCAUCGUCAACAGAGCGGCAUCAAAACCGAGGAUCCGUUUUCCUUUUUCAGGAUGUCGGUCCUGAAAAAUGGAAACCUCGUACAUCUCCCGCACUUGCAAGAAACCCUCCCCGACAGAGCUUUUCUCCCCGAGAAAAUGGCGUCCAGGAUUCCCCUAAACUACACCGCCAUUUCUAGAAUAUUCCCUGAUUCCGACGUCACCGGAAAGACGAAAGCAACCAUACAGACGACCCUUGGAUACUGCAAUGCCGCCGCGAUCCGCGGCGAAACAAAAAGCUGUCCUAGAUCCCUGGAGGAAAUGGUCGGAUUCGCCAGAGUUACUUUGGGUGGUGGUGGUGAUAAGAAGAAGGUGGUGGCGCUGACUUCGAAGAGCACUGUGGGUUCGAAUUCCAUUGCGAAGAUCGGAAAGAUUAAGGAAUACGGUGGCGGUGCCGGUGAGAAGAUCGUGGCGUGCCACGAAGCUUUUCUUCCGUUUGCAGCUUACUAUUGCCAUUUGCUGACGUCGACUCGUUUGUACAUGGUGGAUUUCGUCGAUCGCGAGACGGGGUCGAAGGUUGUGAAUAUGAUGUUGGGAAUAUGCCACAUGGAUACUUCUCAUUGGCCGAAGGAACACGUGGCUUUUAAGAUACUGAAAUUUGGACCUGGUGAAGGAGAGGCUUGUCACUGGUUUACGCAGCUUGAUCUUGCAUGGAUUUCUAAUGUGUAAUCCAUAUCCAUGCAUGCAUGCAUGCAUCUAGUUGUUUCUACGUACGUACGUGUGGUUUAUUAUUAUUAUGAAUUGUGAUGAUGCAUUAAUGUUUGCAUUUCUAUUUCGAUAAUUGUAUGUUAUUUCGUCUACUUGUUUUAUUUAAAAUAUAUAUGAAUGUUAAUUUGUUUGA